UCUGCUUCCGGGUUGAAGGGUCUCAACGUGGUGUAGCAGUUCAACGUGUGGAGCAGCUCGAAAUGAAAGCCUAGAUCAACUGAAGGAGCAACUAAAUACAGCGUUCAAAACAGCUUCAAUAAUUCAGUUUUCAGAUAUUGUAGAAACCAUAUACCGUGUCCCUAUUCCAAUGCUCCGAUUCAACUAGUCCGAUUUUGCUAAACUGAUUCGUUCCCCUACCUUCCUCUGUUCAGCGAUGGGCGAGUUCAAGGUUCAUCGUGUUCGAUUCUUUGACUACAUGCCCUCAGCUGUUCAUGCUUUGGCGUUCGCGCCUCAGCGGGAGCGGAUCGCAGCAGCGAGGGCCGAUGGCUCUGUGGAGAUCUUCAACGUGGCUGAUCACUUAUUUCAAGAAAAGGUGAUACCCGGGCGAGAACAGCGUGUCACUGAGGCUCUGGCCUGGGUUGGAGAGCGUCUCUUCAGUGCAGGUUUAAACGGCGAGAUUGUUGAGUACGAUUUGGACAAUCACAAGGUGAAAUACACACUCGAUGCUUAUGGAGGUCCCAUUUGGACCAUCGCAAGCAACAAGCAAGGAACUCAUCUGGCUGUUGGGUGUGAGGAUGGUACUGUUAAACUGUUUGAGGUGUGUGAAGGUAAAAUCCAGUUUGAAAGGAAUCUGGCCAAACAAAAAGGACGUGUCCUGUCACUGUCCUGGCAUCCUUCAGGCUCGAGGAUAGCUGCAGGAAUGGUGGAUAUGAUUCGGGUCUUUAACAUUGAAACAGGUCAGUCAGUUCACAGGCUGCUGGUGGAGCGUGGAAUAGGAACAGCCAAAAAUAAGGAGUGUGUAGUUUGGAGUGUGGUUUACCUCACCGAUGGCACCAUCGUCAGCGGAGAUUCUUCUGGGAAGGUUAAGAUUUGGGACGAUCACACGGGGACACUGAUUAAAAACCACCAGGUCACCGAUUGGGACGUGCUGGCGUUAUCAGUUUCACAGGAUGAGACCAGUAUCAUUGCAGGAACAUCAGAGGGAACUGUGAUACAAUUCCAGUUCCUCUCUCUGGUUCUAGGACAGGAGGAGAAAGAGUGGAUCCGAACCAGGACCUUCAAGAACCACACGCAUGAUGUCCGAGCUCUUUUGGAGAUCAACACAGCCAUCGUUUCAGGAGGAAUGGACACACAGAUUGUGAUGAGGCCUCUCCUGGAUAAAACUGUAGUGAAGACCACUGCUACUGCCAUUCGCAUGAUAAUUUUUCCUCAUCGGAGUUUAGUGUCCUGCGCGAAGGAAACGGGUCUGCUGCUGUUCCAGUACCCGACACAUCUGGAGCUGUGGAGACUCGGGGAGAGUGAUGGCACCGGGAUGCCUGGAAGAAGUUUGCCUAUCAAAAAGAAACCAGAGAAAUUACUUCAUUUAAAGACAAAGGGUGAGGAGCAUAUUUGCUGCAGUGCUGUGUCUUCAUGUGGAGAGUGGAUCGCUUACUCUACAGAGGCCAGGUUACGACUGUACAGACUACACUGUGACAACAACAACGUCAGCAUCACUAAGGUGUCCAAGCUCCCAAAGGUCCUCAGCUCAGCCAAUCAGAUUUCCUUCUCUUCAGACUCCUCCCGACUGUUUGUGGCUUCAACUCGCUCGACUGUACACGUGGUAGCUCUGAGCCCAAUCGAGUGCAAGUUCGUGACCACACUCAAGUCAAAGUCAGGCUCUGGCCAGGCCAUUCAUCUGUUAGCAAGCAGUGAGGAUGGAAAAUGGCUGGCGUCAGCCAACAGUGCCCAUGAGGUUCACGUGUACAACCUGAAGACGAUGAAGGUACACUGUACAGUGCCUGUUUAUAGCUCUGGAGUCAGCGCCAUGGCCAUCCACCCAACAACUAACAACCUGUUCAUGGUGCAUGCGGAUCAGCAGCUGUUCGAGUACUCUAUAGAGCAUAAGCAGUACACUGACUGGAGUCGAAUGGUGCAGAGGAACGGCCUUCAUCGUGUGUGGUUGGAGAGAGACACUCCAGUCACUAAUGUGACCUUCAAUCGCAAAAACCCAGCCCACAUUGUACUACAGGAUAUGUACAUGAUCUGCAUCAUUGAUCAAACCCUGCCUCUUCCUGGUAAAAAUUCUCUGUUCUACAAUCAGCUGACUCUGCAAAGUCUACCUGAGAAACAAAGGAAAUCCCAAAGCCAUGCUUUCAAAGUAUGCAAGACUUACAAGGAGCUGCUGUUUGCCGGGCUGAUGGAGGAUCAAUCGCUGGUGGUGGUGGAGCGCCCCCUGUUGGACAUCACUUGUCAACUUCCACCACCAGUCAGACGGAAGUUGUUUGCUACAUAGAGAGAGAGAGAGUGUGUGUGUGUGUGUGUGUGUGUGUGAGCUUGUGUGUGCGAGAGAGACGUAUUGUGAACCUACUCAUCCCCAUGCUUUGUAUUAAUUGUUUGGUAGAGUAAUAAACAGAAUAUUUACUGUAA